AUGUUAAGAUCAUUUAAGGCUUCUGGAAAAAAUUUCAAUCAAGUUCGUUGGAACUCAGGCGGUCCUUCGAUUUCCACUCAAACCAUUAAAACUCCGGUUGGUAUAAAGGCAGCAAUAGCAGCUUUAAAACCAAAGACUACGAGAUUGGCAAAUGAUGGUCCAAUUGAGUGCAACUUAACAGGAUUUUCUUUAUUACAGUCUUCGUUGUUCAAUAAGGGAUCUGCAUUUACGCAUGAAGAAAGAAAAGUUUUUGAACUCGUGGGAUUACUUCCAUCUAGGGUGAACUCCUUAGAUGAACAAGUUGAAAGAGCUUAUCAGCAAUUUAGAUAUUUAAAAACGCCUUUAGCUAGGAACGAUUUUUGUACAUCAAUGAGAAAUCAGAAUAAAGUUUUGUAUUAUGAGAUGGUCCGUCGCCAUAUCAGGGAAAUGCUUCCUAUCAUUUAUACCCCAACCGAAGGUGAUGCUAUUGCUUCUUACUCAGAGAGAUUUAGAAGACCCGAAGGCUGCUACUUAGACAUAAAUCAUCCUGAUACAAUUGAUGAAAGACUAUCAGCUUACGGUGAGAAUAAAGAUAUCGACUACAUUGUCAUGUCUGAUGGUGAAGGUAUUUUGGGAAUAGGUGACCAAGGAGUGGGAGGAGUUAGGAUCGCAAUUGCAAAAUUGGGUUUGAUGACAUUGUGUGCUGGAGUACAUCCAGGUAGAGUCUUACCCAUAGGCUUAGAUGUUGGAACCAAUAAUGAAGUUCUUUUGACUGAUGAAUUAUAUAUGGGAAACAAAAUGCACAGGGUCAGAGGCGAAAAAUACUAUGAUUUUGUGGAUAAAGUUGUACAUGCAAUCAAGAAAAGAUUUCCCAGUGCCAUCUUACACUUUGAAGAUUUUGGAGUUAGCACUGGUAGAGAAAUUUUGAAUAAAUAUCAAAACUUUUUACCUUGUUUCAACGAUGAUAUUCAGGGUACGGGUGCAGUAGUUAUGGCUUCUAUCACUGCUGCGUUAAAGUAUUCAAAUAGAGACUUGAAAGACAUAAAGGUUCUUAUUUACGGUGCAGGUUCUGCAGGAAUGGGUAUUGCUGAUCAAAUUGUCAAUCAUAUGGUUGCUCAUGGAGUCAAACCUGAGGAUGCAAGAAAUUCAAUUCAUGCAAUGGAUCGCUUUGGCUUAAUAUUGAAGUCUUUCGAUGAUGCUUCUGCUGCACAAAAAGUGUACGCAGACGACGAUGCUGAUUGGAAAGGAAUAAAUACCAAGAGUUUACUUGAGGUCGUUAGAAAAGUAAAACCAACUAUUUUAGUUGGUUGUUCCACAAGGCCCGGCUCAUUCACCGAAGAAGUGGUAAAGGAGAUGUACAAACAUAAUCGUCAACCGAUUAUAUUUCCAUUAUCCAAUCCGACUAGAUUACACGAGGCGUUCCCGGAUGAUUUAAUGAAAUGGACUGAUAACAAUGCUUUAGUGGCCACAGGAUCUCCUUUCGAACCGGUUGAUGGCUACAUUAUUUCUGAAAAUAAUAACUGUUUCAGUUUUCCUGGAAUUGGCUUGGGUGCAGUUCUUUCAAGAUGUUCUACCAUCACCGAUACUAUGGUUUCUGCAGCUGUCGAUCAGCUAGCAGAAUUAUCGCCCAAGAUGGCGAGCCCUAAGAAUGGCUUGUUACCGGAGUUGGAAGAUAUUCAUACUGUGAGUGGUAAGGUCGCGACUGCUGUUAUCUUACAAGCUUUGAAAGAAGGCACUGCAAGAGUUGAGCAUGAGCAGAGUCCAGACGGGGGACAAGUCAAAGUCCCAAGAGACUUCAAGAAAUGUUAUAAAUGGGUUAACUCACAGAUGUGGAAAUCUGAUUAUAGACCAAUGGUAAAAGUAGAACAUGUCCCAGAAAUUCAUACAUUUCAACACUAA